AUGUCAGCUGUCAAUGACACACAAGUCACACAUACUGUGUUCUUUCUCACCGGGAUACCUGGGCAGGAAAACGUUUAUCUCUGGAUCUCUAUUCCAUUCUGUUUAAUAUAUGCUAUUUUGAUACUGGGCAAUUCACUCAUUCUGUUCAUUAUAAAAACAGACCCAAGCCUCCAUGAGCCCAUGUACAUUUUUCUUUGCAUGUUGGCCCUCACAGACCUUGGCUUAUCGGCAGCCACCAUGCCGACAAUACUGGGCAUAUUUUUGUUUAACUCUACAGAGAUCACCCUGGAUGCCUGUUUUACCCAGCUCUUCUUCAUCCAUUUUACUCAAACCACUGAAUCCGCUGUGCUCCUGUCAAUGGCCUUUGACCGCUUUGUUGCUAUUAGUAACCCGCUGAGAUAUGCUUCCAUCUUAACCCUGCCAAGAAUAGCCAAGAUGGGGCUGGUGUGUGUGCUAAGGGGAGUGGCCGUCAUACUCCCCCUCCCCCUUCUCCUGAAACGGUACCGAUACUGUCGAGACAACGUCCUCUCCCAUUCCUACUGCCUGCACCAGGAAGUCAUGAACAUGGCUUGUGCAGACAUCACGGUCAACAACAUCUAUGGCAUGUCGGGUGCACUUUCCACCAUGGGUUUGGACGCCAUCCUGAUCUUCCUCUCUUAUGUGAUGAUCCUCAAAACAGUGCUGAGCAUCGCUUCCCGGGCAGAAGGUCUCAAGGCUCUGAACACCUGCGUCUCCCACCUCUGCAUUGUCCUGCUCUUCUACACCCCAGAGAUCAGCUUGACUGUGAUACACAGAUUCAUGAAGAGCUCUUCUCACUUGCUUCAGAUAAUCCUGGGUUACGUCUACCUGCUGGUCCCUCCCCUGAUGAACCCAGUGGUGUACAGCGUGAAAAGCAAACACCUCCGUGCGAGGUUAAUCAGGCUAUUUGUCAAGUGA